UUUAUGAACUACAACACUACACGUCAAACCCUAGGGCGGCGGCUCCUAUUGGCUGUCGUUGGUCACGUGUUUAUUGUGAAGAUGGCGUCUCCAAAUGGAGGUGAUGAUUUUGAAUCUUCUUUGCUGAGUUUUGAGAAGUUGGACAGAGCCUCACCCGACCUGUGGCCAGAGCAGUUGCCUGGAGUUUCAGAAUUUGCUGCAUCUUGUAAAAACCCCAUCACUAAUUCACCCCCAAAGUGGAUGGCUGAACUUGAGAGUGAGGACAUUGAAAUGUUGAAAGAGCUGGGCAGUCUGACCACGGCUAACCUGAUGGAGAAGGUGAAAGGGCUUCAGAACCUGGCGUACCAGCUGGGAUUAGAGGAGUCCAGGGAAAUGACCAGGGGGAAGUUUCUGAAUAUCUUGGAGAGGCCAAAGAAGUGACAUGUCAUUUUUUCAUUUUUUUUUCCAAGCAAGAGGAAACUUUGGACUGCAACAUAAACUUGCCUUCACUCUGAACAUGGUCAGACCUUCACAACACAUUUUAAAGACUUUGCAUUCAAACCUAAGCUCCUUAGUGCACCUGAUGUCCUCUUAGAUAGAUGCCUUCACAUUUCUGGUAAACUUUGAGAUGCAUUGGCUCUCUCUGAAUUUCUCUGUAGCUUGUUGAUCAAAAUGUUCACUAUUUAUUCAUAUUUCUAUUUUAAACAUGAUUUGCAGUUUUUUGCAGUUUGUGAGGUUGUAUAAUAAAGAUUUAAAACUCAAA